AUGUCGCGGGUGCUGGUGGUGGGCGCGGGGCUCACGGGUGGGGCGUGCGCGGCGCUGCUGCCGCGGGGGGCGCGGGGACCCGCGGCCGUCUGGGACAAGGCGCGGGGCGCAGGGGGUCGCAUGAGCACGACCCGCGGCGACCUGGGCAGCGCCGACCUGGGCGCGCAGUUCGUCACCUGCGACACGGACCUGGCGGGGCCGCGCCGCAGCUUCUAUGAGGAACUUCUGUCUCACGGCGUCUUGAAACCGCUGACUGCUCCCGUGGAAGGAAUGGUGGUGAGGGAAGGCUCCUGCAACUAUGUGGCACCCCAGGGCAUCUCUUCGGUUGUCAAGUAUUAUUUGAAACAGUCAGGUGCAGAUGUCUUGUACGAGCAGCACGUAACUCACAUCUCCCUCCGAGAUGGGA